AUGGCGGCGCGUCCCCCAAGCGCGCUCUCCCUCUCCGCGCCGCUGCUCGAGCGCGCCAGGAGAGACUCCCCCUCGCACUCGCCAACCCGCGAUCGGCGCAAAAACAUGAGCACAUACGAAUCCCAGCCUUGGGCCGUCUCCCCCUCCACCACUCUCCAGGCCUUCACCGACGGCAUCGACCCAUCCGCAACUCCCGAAGCCCAGCAGCUGCUGUCCGGCAUCACCAACGCGACGUCUGCAGAAAAGGUCCUCGGCGUCCGCGUCGCCUCCGCCACCAAGAGCGUCAAGGACUGGUGCGCCGAGCUGGAGGCAUGGCCGUGGGGCGACUCCUUCGAACCGCCGUUGCAUCGCGACCCGUACAUUCAGGAGAAGGACACGCAAGGCCAAAACAGGGAUGCUGCCUCCACCGGCGCGGGUGACACGGAUGACGGCGAUGAGUCGGCGUACUGGGGCUCGAUGCCGGCGUCGGCGGUAAUGGCCUACGGUGUGCGCCUGGAUCAGAUCAAGGAAGAAUUGGAGGAUUUGAACAUGGACGAGCUCAAAGGACACAUCUUGGAUAUGUAUCCCAUGGAACGACCCCGGCCCACCUCAGGUUACGGCAACAAACGCGCGGAGCUCCACCUCUUGGACGAUUUCUCCUACGUCGUGACCCAUACCAUGCUGCAAGCUCUUCCGUGCCUGUCCUAUCUCAGCCAGCUGACGCGCGUGUGGUCGGUCCGGCUGUUGGUUCUGCACGAAGUACCGCAUUUCCUCACCGGCCUGGACGACGUGAUGAAGGCUAUGCGCUCGGGAUGGGACACGUUGGAUCUUCCUGAUGAUCCGCAAAAGUCCACGAAGGAGCUUGACGGCUGGAAGGAGGUCAUCGCCGACACCCGCGACAACCUGCAGAGCAAGAUCACGAGCCUGGGGCGGAAGCUGGACCGGAUGCUGGACGCACUCGAGGGCAUGAACGACGUUCUGCCCGACAGCUGGAUAGAUGAUUUCGAGGCGGUUGAGGCGGAUUACAGCAAGUGGGCGGCCGACGCACAGAAGCGAAUUUUUGAGCUCGACAUGUUAAUGUCCAGACCGCCGGAGAAAUUGACCCGCCCGACCUCUGCGCGCGGUGCAGAUCAACCAUUCGGCUUCGGUGUGCUCCACACGCCGCGAAAGUCGCUUCUGGCCGCGGACCAUGGCGAGCACAGGUUACUUUCCGAUGCGGACGGCACUGGCAACAAGCUUGCAGGACCUGUACCUAAAUUGAAUCGCACAAGCACAACCUUUAGUCCCCAAAAAUCGGGCCACAUCAUUGAGCACGGUCACCAGCGCUCGCGGUCUCGGUCUGAGCCUGAUUUCCACGUCUCGCCAUUUAAGUUCGCUCAGCGGCUAGAGACGAUCGAAGGUACACCGACCAAGACGGAUCGCUUCCGUACGUUCGACCUGGAUGCCGAACAAGCCGAUAGCGAUGACUCUGAGGCCAUCGCCGAGAGCAGCAUCCAAGAGUCCGUUGAGAGACGCGCCUCUGUCACCUCGGUUGAGUCUUUCACGCGCUCGCAGGUGAAGAGCGUGGACGUUAGGCGUGGCAGUAACUCCAGCAGCAAGGAGGAUCCGCAAUCGAACAACAGCAGCCCCCGCAGGCGUCACUCUCAUCCCGGAGGACACUUGGCCACGACUGAAGAAGAGAGCUUCGCUUCUGGCAGCAGCGAUGGAUAUGCCCCGGUUAUGGACACCCCUGAGGUUCGGAUCGAGGAAGAAUACACAUCGCCCGCAGAGUCACAGAUGUCCAGCCCCGUUGGCAGUCCGAACGACUCCCCCUCGUUCCGGCCGCUUCCUGGCAGGCGCAAUGCUAAGAUGCCCCGGCCGCCGCUGAACUCUGCCAUGCAGAAACGGAGGACCAAGUCCCAACAAAUACCGAUUGUGAUUCCUAGCGACUCGGACUCAGACAACGAAGCCAGAGAUGCUCCUGGGCCUAAACCACGAAACUUCAGCGCAGCCAAGGGCAGGUCGCAUCGCCGUGUAUCGAGCGCAACCGCCGACCUGGAGCAGCAAAUCCGCCGCAUCAUCACCUCGGUUCACGCGCCGAUUCGCUUGACCUCUGGAGACGCCGAGGGAUCACCCGUGAACGCAAGCUCCAAGCGCGCGUUCUCGGACUCUCGGCCGCCGUCGUCAUUGCGAGUUUCGCGCAAGACCAGUGCACAGUCGAUCACGAUGUCGGCAGUUCUCUCUGAGCAAGACCGUCAUCGCAGUGCUUCCCAACGCGACUCGGGCAUCAAGCUCUACCAUCUCAUGCAGCCUGGUCAAGCAAAGCCCAUCAAGCUCUUUGUGCGUCGUGUCGGCGAGAACGGCGAGAGACUGAUGGUUCGCGUUGGAGGCGGUUGGGCGGACUUGGGCGAGUACCUCCGCCAGUACGCGGAUCACCACAGCAGACGAGUUAUUUCUGAAGGCAAGGUCGAACACCUCGGUUACAAUGACACGCCGGAACCCAUUCGGCCGACAAGCUCUCACAGCAACACUGGCGGAUCGAAGCGGUUCUUGGGCACGCCGCCAACCAGCAACCCUGCACCACGGUCGCGCCCCAGCAGCGCCAUGUCUAACUACAGCUCGUUCGACAGAGAGGAGGGAGGAGCGAUGGAUUCUGGAGCAUCGCAGAAAUCAUGGGCAGGGAAUGAGGUCGGAUUGGCCGGUCCGAAGACGAAGAAGUUGGAUCUUUCGGGAGAGAAACUGGAAUGGAUCGAAGGGAUGAUGAACCAGGCGAAGCUACUGGGUGCCCAAGAGGCGGCUAACACGAGGAAGCUUUACAUGAAGCACGCCGGACAGUGA